AUGGCGGGGCUGAAAACGGCCACGGGCGAGGAGAUCGAUGGAUCCUUCGAGCUGCGGGUGGAGGGCCAGCCCCGUGUCCUCACCCUCUGUGUCACCGGGGACCUGCACGUCGGGGGCCUCGUGCGCCGCAUCCUGGGAGCGCUGGGAGACCCCCGGCCCUGGGCUGACCACGCUCUCUGGUGGGAGCAGCAGCGGCGCUGGCUGCUCGGCCCCUCCCCCACCCUGGACGCGCUGGGGGUCGGGGGGGGGUCCCGGCUCCGCUUCGCCCCCCGGCACCGCCCCCUGCGCCUGCGCCUCCCGGGGGGGGGGGUCCUCAGGCUGCGCCUCAACUUCGCCGGGACCCCCGGGCGGGCGGUGGCCACGGCCUGCGGGCUGCUCGGGGUCUCCCACCCCGAGGAGCUCUCGCUGCUGCGGCCGGAGCGGGGGGAGGGGCGGGGCGCCCCCCCGGCCCCCCCCGAGCUGGACCUGACGCACCUGCGGCCCCGGACAGACGAGGCCCCGCCCCCCCCGCUGCCCCCGGAGCUGCUCCGGGCCCUGCGGAGCCCCAAAAACGGGGGGAGGGGUCCCCCGGGACCCCCCCGGAGCCCCCCCGGGAACGCCCAGCUCCGGCGGGCGCGGCUGCACGCGCGCUGGUUGGACGUGGGGCGGUCGCUGCUGGAGCAGGGCGUGGCCGAGGAUGAGGAGCUGCAGCUGCGCUUCAAAUACCCGUGCGCCACGGGGCUGGACCCGCAGGAGGGGCCGCGCGUGGCGCUGCUGCAGGAGGAGGCGCUGGGGGCGAUCCUGGCCGAGGAGAUCGAGUGCAGCGAGGAGCAGGGGCUGCGCUUCGCCGCCCUGCAGUACCAGAUCGAGGGGGAGGAGUGGGGGGAUGGGGGGGACCCCCAGGACCCCCCCGAGCCCCCGGACCUGGACACGGCCCUGGAGAGGCUGGAGCUGAGCCUGGGGGGCGGCGGGACCCCCGGCCCGGCCGAGGAGCUCGGAGCCCCCCCUGAGCUGCAGGAGGAGCUGGAGAUCUGCAGGCCGUCCCCGUGGCCGUUUUGGGGGUCCCGCCCCGCCCCCGCCCGGGCUGUGCUCUCGGGGUCGUCGCUGUCGCUCUGGACCCCCCCGGGCCCGGGGGGACCCCAAGAGCAGCUGAACCUCCGUGGCUGUGAGGUGACCCCUCAGGUGGAUUUGGGGGCGCAGAAAUUCGGCAUCAAACUCCGGCUGCCGAGCCCGGGGGGGGGCGGCGAGACCCUCCUGCAGUGCCGUGAUGCCCCCCAGUUCUCCCGCUGGGUCUGCGGCUGCCGCGCGGCCGCGGGGGGGGGGUCCCCAUCGGCCGCGGCGCUGCGGGCGCAGAUCCGGGGGGUCCUGGGGGUCCUGGGGGUGCAGCCGGACGGGGGCGACCCCCCCGGGACCCCCCCCCGGCCCCCCCCGGACCCGCGGCGGCUGCUGCCCCCCCGCUUGCAGCGCCGGCUGAAAGGCAAGCAGUUCACCCAGCGCCUCCUGGAGGUUUUGCUCCGGGAGGGGCCCCUGAGCCCCCCCCAGGCCCGGCUGCGAUUCGUGGAGGCCUGGAGGGCCCUGCCCGGCUUCGGCCUGGGGCACUUCGUGGUCAGGUUCCGGGGCGCCCCCCAGGACGAGCUCCUGGCCGUGGGCCCCUCGCGGCUGCUGCGGCUCCCGCUCGGCUCCGGCGCCGUCAGGCGGAGCUGGAGCCACCGCGAGCUGCAGCGCUGGGACGUCAACUGGGACAGCCAGCAGGUGCGGCUGUGGCUCAGCGGUGACGUCACGCUGGCGCUGCGCGUGCUCUCGGCCCCGCCCCGCGCCCUGCACCAGUUCCUGGGGGGGUACCUGGCCCUGGGGGGGCCCCCCCGGGACCCCCGCGAGCUGCAGCGCCUCAUGGAGGGGGGGUACGACCCCUGA